AUGGAACCAGGCACUUUUGGACAAUCAUUGGUAGACUUUGAAAAUUCGAUUGGCGUAAGUACUUCAUGAAAGAAACUUUAUUUAUACUGUAGAGCUCUGUCGACCAAAUAUGAAUUGUUCUCCCUGGAGGUCCACUAAUACUGGAUCAAUCCUCUCACAUACGACCAAGAGAAAUGAUAAUCAGACAACUGCAUAUCGCAAGCUUCGAACCCUAGUCGCUAACACCCAAGGAUAACGAAGGAAAUAUUGAUGAAAUUCCUGUCUUCUGUGUGUUGUAGCUGACAGUGAACACUGAAAAUCAAUUUGGUUGUAUGGUGAACACUGUGAUGAACCCCUGGCAAGCAAGUGGAGAAUUCGUUUGGAGAGUUGGUGAAAUUUAUCGUGAGGCUUGUCUUCUUGCUUAUGGCUGGGUAAGUACUUCAUCUCCUGGUGAUGAGAAUGGAUAAUGGUUCCCUUUCUUCCUGGUGAUCUCCUGCUCCUGCCUGUAAUAAUUGUUUAGCUAGCAAGCUUUCACAAAGGCAUCUCACCCUAAAAGUUAGUUUCCUCGCUUAGAUAAUUUCAUGAGAUUUCUCUCUCAUCCCGUCUUUCUUAAAACCUCUAGCUUCCUUUGUCACUCUUGCCCUCCACGGAACGCCCAUCGUUUUUUGACCGCGAUAGCAAUGUUGACAUUAAUGAUGAUGUUUAUUAUAGUCCAUGUCAUGAUGGUAGUGAUGUUAGUGGUGGUGCUAAUGGUUAUGAUGAUAAUUAAUAUUCAUGAUUAUGUCAAUGAUGAUCAUAAUGGUGCUGAUUAUGGUGGUGAUGAUGGUUUUGAUGAUAAUUGUGUUAUACUGUUUACUGAUGACGAUAUUGCCUUUUCUAAGUUCUUCCUAUUCUUUCCUAGCAACUUGAUCCUAAAGCAAAACAUAUGUUUGUCUGUGGUGAUCUUCAAUACACCGAGAAGAAUGGAUGGUUCAUGUUCGCCAAUGUGGUCGGAGAGUUUGGUAAGAAGUCACAUCAGUAUGAAUGUGUGACCAAGUUAGCCGUGGUGAACCAAGCUGAUGUGAUUAAGAUACAGCAAUAUCAGCAGAAUGGAGGAUUGUUUGCUUCCAACAAGAAGGAAGAAGUUCUUUACCAGAUGUUGUUGGAUGCUGCGGACGAUACAGGUAAGAUCAGAACCAAGAACCAUCAUAAGGUAUGGUUAGUCCUAAUUUUCAGGCAAAUAAGACAAACCGGGUGGCAUAUUGUAACAUACUACCUACACUGGAAUGACUAGACACUAAGUUCCAGAUCUCUCCCAAUCUAAACAAGUAGUUUACACACAAACCCAGGUCGAUUCUUUUCAGGAAGUUCGGACACAAACCACGGAUAUCGUUUUCAGGGUUCAGACACAAACCAAGACAGGUUAUUGUCAGGGACGCCGGAACGAUGUGAAGGCAAGGGGGCAGAUUUUCGUGAAAGGGCACUUUUGAAUUGAUAUAUACUAAGAGAUGUUUGCAAAACAUCGGGAAUUGAACUUCGCCUAAUCAUGUUUUCUAUUAUUGGAUGAUAGGAGUGUGAGGGGGUUCUCCGCCAGGCGAUUGUGCUAUUCUUGAAGCUCGAUGACUGCAUUUCUUGCGUUUUCUGAAGCAAAUUCGUAAAGGAAUUGCACUAACAUUUCUGACAAUACGCUAUUUCGCCAAGGCAGUUCUUUAAAUUGAAAGGGCACCUUUGCUCCCCUUGCCCUUCCUGGUAAAGUGCAACUGGGGCGGCUGCCCCUCCUGCCCCCCAGUUCCGGCGUCCCUGGUUAUUGUAGAAUGCUAUCUCCACUUGACAUCCACGCUCGUCAUGAUUUGUAUAAAAAUCGCACGCGAAUUGAUGAAUACUUCAAAUAAGAUGAUCAAGUAAAACCACACUAAAUAUGUCUUGUGUGUUCAUCUAGGUGCAGAGUUUGAGUUUAACUAUCGAAACCAAAGUGGUGGCACUCUCUUCACAGCCUCUCUCAAAGUUGUGGACACACCGCGAAUCAAACAUUUUGAAACACAAUCGGACCCUGAUCUACAGUACCCAGAUAACUACCAAUACUUCAUGUAUGGUGAGGGUGGCAAGGUCUAUCUAUCUCACAUGAUUACCAAGAAACCUGAUUUCCAACAGGUAAUCAACGUUCAUUACAAUAAUCAUGUUUAUUAUGAGCGUAGUUUUUAUUAAUCAUGGCUGUUUGAGCAGUAUAGCCAAUCGUGUACCGCUAGACAGUAAAGUUGCUGGCGUUCGGUAGCUAGUAAAAUUUUUACGAGGCCAUUUGCAGUGAAGAAAACAAAGUUCGUCUACACGAGAUGUGAAUUUUCCCGAAGACACUGUCAUUCCCAUAUUGUUCUAGACAGUCCAAAGUGACCCAGGUCGAUAGAUCAAUCUGUAAGACCACUUGUGUGGUAACAACUUAUUCUCAAUUAUAGGUUGUGGAGGUUGAGACGCUUCCAAUCAAAAUGUAUGGAGAAAAAGAUGGUUGGUUACUUUGGUAUGGUUUCCCAGUGACCUUCACAGAUCUACCUGUAGAUCAGAAUAACCCGAAGGCCAACCCACUCAUCGAGAGUGAUCGUACCUAUCACAUCAAGUUCGCAGGAGAGAAACACAAGAACAGAGAGAUGGAUAUAGUACUCAAAGAUAACACUGGAUGGUUCGAUAACUACGCCUUGAAUCGUUGA